CACCUUGUCGUGGUGGUGGGGCUUAGUAGUCACAAUUUUCUGUGACGAAGCUAAGCAUCUCAAGCGGGUGUGAUUGCUAGACUCCAUGACUUUAAUCCAUACAGUCUGAUCCGUGCUCCCUGAUUCCAGUAAAUCUGGUUCAUGGUGAAUAUAUUCAAAGCUUUCUCUAAUUGUAUACUUACACACAACCAGACACUUGACACCAGUGUUACGUACAUUUAAUUACGUAGUUUUAUUUAUUUAUAAUUAAUUAACAUUAAAUUUAUAACAGUCUUAAAGUGGAUUAAUUUGUAACUGUAAUUAUUAUUUAUCACUUACAAUUUAUAACAUAACACAAACGCAUCGAAGUUAAAACCGAACGAAAUACGCUAAAUUUGCUUAUAUAGUAAACGACAAUUGUUCCAGAAUGUCUUUAGAACGCUUCGGAAUGUUCUAGAUUUACAUAAAUAUAUAUGUCACUUUGGUAGGGUAAAGGCGAUGAACUUCUAUAUCAUAUAACAUAUUGAAACUCAAUCGUCCUGCACCUUACUAUAACAUUCAAUCUGCCCUGGUGAAAAAUCUACACCAACUCAUGAAUAUAAACCGACCGACAUAUAGGGAUUGAGACGUAUUAUAAUUAUAAACAUCAUUGUAAGAAAGAAGGAUGUUGUGAUAAUUAGAUUUGAAUACUUGACAUUACUUAGUUAGUUAUUAAAAAGUUUUUGCGUUUUAGAAAAAGGUAAUCUCCCAAAUUGAAUGACGUGUUGCCUAGCCUAAGUGUGUAGAAUUUAUGAUACGCCACUGAUUAGUUCAGACAUACACCAAUCGAUGGCGCUACACUGAAUAUUUAAAAAUCCAAAAAUCAACUGAAAUAUUUUAACCUAAAACAUUUAAAAUUUUAAAACUUCUAAUGGAGAAGAAAACAGAAAUGCAAGAAAAGCAUACCAAGGCAGUCAGUAAUGAUCGAACUAUCGUGGAGGUCAAUUUAUCAUCUUCUGGAAAAUUAAGACGAAGAUCCUCGAUUUUCAAGCCUAAAACCAUGAUGGAAUCGUUUGAAUCAUGUGAACAUAACUAUAUAGAGAAUUUGAAAAAAGAGAUAAUGGAUUGGAAGAAUCUGUAUGCUAAAACAAAAGAGGAAUGCUUAAGUCUUGGGGUUGAACCAAAAUUAGAACCGACAAGAUUUGAUGAUGGCUUGCAUGCAGAAUACUCAAAAAAAGUUCGAAACUUUUGCACAUUAGUAAAUAAGGCCUUGGAGGUUCACGAAAAUUUAAUUAACUAUAAAAAUGAAAAAAUUAGGGAAUUGGACACUUUGAGUCGUUUAACAAACAAAGCGCUAAGAAAAAGUGUACAUUUAGACUAAUAUAUUUUUGAAUAGGUUACAUUUCUAUUUAUUAGAAUGAAAACUUCUUCUUCUUUGUUUUCGCUCCCGACUUGCUAAGUACUCUUUACGACUACCACUAGAUCUUAAUUCAAGGAUUAAAUUAAUUUUUUGUACUAUUUCUUCCGCAGUAUUAUGAUCAGCUUCAAAAUCGUAAUGUUUGAAGCUCGUCGACGUUUGUAAAAUGGGCGACUGUAUACUCCCAACUGUAAAUGAUCACAUAAAGACUUGUCCCUUGUUUCCUCUACACUUACCAUUAACAUUGACAUUUGUACUUCCUCCUCCUCCUCCAAAAGAAGAACUGUAAACAACUCGAAAAGCGGUUCCGCUGCUCUUUGUAUCUGUAACCUCGCACCAUGCAACCGAAUCAAUGUGAUGGCUAACCGGUUUCUGUCGUACAAAAGUGAAUUUGGAAUUCUUUUGUUGCAAGGGAUCAAUCUCAAUUUUUUCUCCGCUUAUACCCAAUUGUAUUUCAGCUUUUGCCCGCAUUUUGUUCACAAUAUACACACGAUACGAUUGAUAUAAAGGUGCCUCCAUUGCAGUCGCAUGAACUUUCAUUAGAUGCAUAUUCGCAGUGAUUUGUUGUGCAUCAUCCAUGUGAAGUUUACUUGAUAUCUUAUUAAUCUCGUCAGAUCCCUCAUGUUGAAUGAUUGUCUGCGAUGAUUCAAAACUAACAUUCUUAGUAAUUUGCUUAUGUUCAACUAACCCCAAGCAUGUAAAUCCGAAUUUUGCCACGCUUUCUUUGGGAUCAAGAUUUGGAAAAUCGUGAUCUACUUCGCCGUCUUCUUCAGUUAUAUAUAACCCAUAGUGAGAUACAGGUUUCAAAGGGAAAUCGCCGUGAAUUGUACUAUAAUUUUAAAAUGAAAUAUUAAUAAUAUAUUACACACACUGAAUACCUGCAUUUGAGCAAUAUAAAACCGAUCAGCUCUUCUAUUUUAGCAGUAGCAAUACAACUAACAGUCAUUGGGUAAUUGCGAUGCUCUUCGGGUAGCAUAGUGAGAAAGAUUUUAUAUU